UCUGUGGUCCGCAGAAAAGUGUACAGAAGUCACAGACAGCUCCAGAAAGCGCACUUAAACCAAUCUCUCUCUAGUCUCUACUCCCCUCAUUGAAUUUUGUUUCUCUCUCCUCUGUAUUUCUCUCUCUGCACUUCUGUUUUUACUCUCCCCCAACAUUAAUCUUGAUAUACAACUAGCAGUAUAAGAAGACCAGAGAUCAAGAGUUUUUCUUCCUUUAUCAAAGAAAUAAAUUAUAUGCUGAUAAGUGGUGAUCUUUGAUAAAUGGGCUUUUGAAACUCGAUUUGUCCCCACAAGAGGUAUUGUCUCCUUCUUUUCAAGCAGGGAUCAUCUGUCAAGUGUUAUGAUCCUCCAUUUCUGCUCGGUAGUGGCACAAUUGUCGGUGGCCUGAGAACGAUGCCAAAUCAGCAAUGGUUUGGACUGCUAAUGAUUUAUUAGAGUGGAAAGAUUUUCCUAAGGGCCUUAGGGUCCUUAUUCUUGAUGAAGACAAUAAUUCUGCAGCCGAAAUAAGAUCAAAGCUGGAGGAAAUGGACUAUAUUGUUUCCACAUUCUGCGAUGAGAGUGAAGCUUUGUCUGCAAUUUUGAACAACUCUGAGAGCUUCCAUGUUGCUAUUGUAGAGGUCAGUACAGACAACAGCCAUGGUAGAUUAAAGUUUCUCGAAACUACAAAGGAUUUGCCCACCAUUAUGACUUCAAAUGUGCAAUGUCUGAGCACCAUGAUGGAGUGCAUAGCGCUUGGUGCAGUUGAGUUUCUCUUAAAACCACUUUCUGAGGAAAAACUUAGAAAUAUAUGGCAGCAUGUAGUUCACAAGGCAUUCAAUGCAGGAAAUGAUCUCUCCAAAACACUACUGCCCGUCAAAGAAUCUGUGAUUUCCAUGCUGCAGCUCCGACUGGAAAAGGGUGAAUCAAAUAAUCAAAUGUCGAAAGAAACAGAAAAUGUGGCUCCAGUUGAUGAACAUGACCGAGAGCACUCGGCAGGAAGUGAUAAGUACCCGGCUCCUUCAACUCCGCAACUUAAACAUGGAGUGAGAUUACUGGAUGAUGGAGAUUGCCAAGAUCAAACUAAUAGUUCAGUGGAGAAAGAUAGUGGGGAGCAAGAUGGGGAAUCUAAAUCCGUCGAAACUACUUGUGGCAAUUCAGUUGCUGAGAUUGCUGUUCAGGCAAGCCCACCUCCGACAAUGUCGGAUACCGUUAUUAAGGAGGAGGAUGAAUCAACUGAUGGUUUUAAAAAUGAAAGAAGUAAUAUAUCUCCUCGUCCUCAAAAUACAGACCGUCUCAACGGUUUUGCUGGUGAUGCUGGAAACCCCAUUAAAGCAUCUGGGCUGAAAAAUUCUUGUGGGGCUAAAUCAAAUAAGAAGAAGGUUAAGGUAGAGUUGGUACAUGAGCGAGCAUUGCUAGUAGACUGGACUCCUGAACUUCACAAAAAAUUUGUGCAUGCUGUAGAGCAACUAGGUGUAGAUCAGGCCAUUCCUUCUCGAAUAUUAGAGCUGAUGAAAGUGGAAGGCUUGACAAGACAUAAUGUGGCAAGUCAUCUCCAGAAAUACAGAAUGCAUCGACGACACAUUUUGCCAAAGGAAAAUAACAGGAGAUGGCCUAAUCCGGGAGAUCCUUCGCAAAGGAAUUAUUAUCCACAUAAGCCAGUCAUGGCCUUCCCUCCAUAUUGUUCUAAUCACACCGUCCCAGCUGGUCAGGUCUAUCCCGCGUGGGGAUCACCUAGCAGUUACACGGCCGGUGUCCAGAUGUGGAAUCAACCUUGCUAUCCUGCGUGGCAGCCUACAGAAACUUGGCAUUGGAAACCUUAUCCUGGGAUGCAAGCUGAUGCAUGGGGUUGCCCUGUGAUGCCGCCACCACAUGGAACAUACCCCUCCUUCCCUCAGAACAUGUCUGGAUUUCAUAUAGCUGAUACGAUGCAUAACAGCUACAGCAUGCCUCAGAAUUCUUUUGACCUUCAACCGGCGGAGGAGGUAAUUGAUAAGGUUGUGAAGGAGGCAAUCAGCAAGCCAUGGCUUCCCCUGCCUUUGGGGCUAAAACCUCCUUCCACUGACAGUGUCCUCACUGAGCUCUACAAACAAGGCAUCUCCACGGUCCCUCCAUACAUCAACGGCUCUCAGCCCCGCUGACGCGGCACAUAUCACCUGGGUCCCAUCAUCUGAGCCCCAAACAAAUAAAAACGAGGAGAGAGAAUGGCGCGUGGAGCCACGGUCCUAUCAUUUGAUGAAGCCAGUGCUGACGUCAUGCACACCACAGCAAGGAAAUGGAAAAAACGUUUGUUGAUAUUAUCCAUCGCCACUGUAAAAAAAUUGCCGUACUGUUGCUUUCUGGGUUGGAAGGUGUUCUACGACUGAGAAGGAGCCACGUACGAGAGUUUGACACCACAGAAGGCAAACAUGUGGUUGUAGAUAUAGAAGAGAUGGUACGGGACAGUGGUGGGUCCCAUGUUUUUGUUAUGUUAGGUGGGGCCUACUGAUGAGGUCCAAAAUCCAAAUAAUGUCAACUGCAUUCAACAGAACAAUUAUGGUGUUGUUAUGGUGGAGCUAUGUAGGUACUUUUCAAGGGCUUUGUUGUCUUAUCUUUUUAAGAAAUGGUACAGUGUUUUGCCAGCACAGACAAUGUUUUGGA